AUGCAGGUGCCGCCGCUCAUCGACUUCUUCCUGAUCUACUUCGAUGCCUGGAGCAGCGUGCUGGCCCUGGUCUUCACAGGCGUCGGCCUGUGGACGGGCGCUUCCCCCUACCUCCUGGCCGCCAUCUCCCUGGGCGUCGCGCGGCUCCGGCGCUUGGCCCGGGAUCUCCGCGGCGCACACCGGCCGCGGCCCAGCGCACACACGGCCCCCAAGGUGUGUCGGCCCUUGCUGGCCAAAAUCCACCCGUAUCUGUACUACUUCUCCAACUCGGUGCCAGGGGCGGUACCGUCUGAGGAAGUGAGGAUCGAGCGCUUGCACCCAACAUCUCUCAAAGUGCCGGUGGAUAUUUGGCACCCCUCGCCCAGCGCUCCCGGAGCCGGCGCCGGGAAGCGCCGGGCCCUGGUCUUCUUCCACGGCGGCGCGUGGCGGGGCGGCGAGGCGCGGCUGGUGCCGCAGGGUCCGAUGUUUCAGCGACUUGCGGCAGGGGGCACAGUGAUCGUGUCCUGCGAGUACCGGCGCCGGGAGAAGUGGCCUGCGCAGAUCGAGGACGUCGAGCUGGCCCUGAAGUGGCUAGAAGCCACCGCCAGCGAGCUGCGCUUGGAUUUGGAGAACAUCACCGUGGCGGGCACCUCGGCCGGCGGGCACUUGGCCGCCCUCGCUAUGGCCAAAGGCGGUUUCUCCGUGAAGGUGCGAGCGGUGGUGCUCUUUUACCCGGCCCUGGACCCUGCAGACCGGUCCGGGCACACCACGGGCUUGCCCUUCUGCUUGCCGUUUCUGGGCGUCACCAGCUUCGGCAUGAGCGCUUUGAAGUGGUUCUUCCAGACCUUCGUGCUGCGGGGCGAUGAGCAGCUGUGGUCCUCCGCCGAGCCCAUGCAGAUGCUUGGAAAUGCCAAGAACUGGCCACCCACCUUGUGCCUCGGCUGA